ACGGAAGAUGGGGAUAGAUGAUAGAUGGAGUGAUUCUUUAUCUUCAUAUCUACAAAGUUCUGACCUCGCUACCAUUUUUGGAUUGAGUUUCUCGCAUCGGGCUCUGGUCGAGGUUCAAGCUCGGAAUCUCCAUCGCAGGCCGUGUUUGAAGUUAACAGUAGUUGAGAGGUUCUUUCUUUGAGUGUCACUGCCAUGGCUUCCAGUUCGACCAAGGAUGUUGCAGCUGAUGAGAAGACAGUUUCAUCGGAUAACAAAAAUUCCAAAAGUGAAAUACCCAAAAGUGAAACACCCCCUGCAGAUCAGCAGCCAGAUAAACCAAGAACUCCCUCAGCCUCACCUCAUGAAGGAGAAGUUCCUCCAAAUCCUUUUGAUUUCUCUGCAAUGACUGGUUUGCUAAAUGAUCCCAGCAUUCAAGAAUUAGCUUCUCAAAUAGCAAAAGAUCCUGCAUUUAAUCAGAUGGCAUCGCAACUUCAGAAGACUUUUCAAGGUGCUUCUGCUCAGCAGGGUAUUCCUCAGUUUGAUACACAGCAAUACUAUUCUACCAUGCAGCAGGUCAUGCAGAAUCCUCAAUUUAUGACAAUGGCUGAGCGCCUUGGCAAUGCACUAAUGCAGGAUCCAUCCAUGUCUAGCAUGCUGGAAACUUUUGCAAAUCCAUCGAAUAAGGAGCAGCUUGAGGAACGAAUGGCACAAAUCAAGGAAGAUCCAACUUUAAAGCCUAUUUUGGAUGAAAUAGAGACUGGUGGUCCAGCUGCCAUGAUGAGGUACUGGAAUGACAGGGAUGUUUUGAAAAAGCUGGGCGAAGCAAUGGGUUUUGCAGUUUAUGGAGAUGCAGCCAAUGCUGAAAGUUCUGCGGCGGAUGAUUCAGAAGAAGUGGGAAAUGACGAUGAGUCUAUAGUUCAUCAAACUGCUAGUGUUGGUGAUGUCGAGGGAUUAAAAAAUGCACUAGCAGCUGGUGGGAACAAGGAUGAAGAAGACUCAGAGGGAAGGACCGCAUUGCAUUUUGCAUGUGGGUAUGGUGAGGCCAAGUGUGCUCAGGUGCUUCUUGAGGCUGGAGUGAAGGUGGAUGCACUGGAUAAGAAUAAAAACACUGCACUUCAUUAUGCAGCUGGUUAUGGUCGGAAGGAGUGUGUUGCAUUACUACUUGAGAAUGGCGCUGCAGUAACUCUCCAAAAUUUGGAUGGAAAGACUCCAAUAGAUGUUGCCAAGCUAAACAACCAACAUGAAGUGCUAAAAUUGCUCGAGAAGGACGUUUUCCUGUAACUUUGAAGCCACAGGAAAUACUUUGUGCCACAAUUCGAGCACACCACAGGGCAUUUAAGUGUUGCUAGAUUAUCUACUUUCGACAAAGUUAUAAGUUAAUUUACGUUAUGUGAUUUUCAUUAGAAUGCUACUAGUCAGUGAGACAAGAUCCGUUCUCUUAUGAGGUGUGCUUUGUGAGCCUUUUUGUUAUUCGCGUUGUGCCUGGGAUUAUGUACCGUCUUGCUACUUGAGACAAAAGAGUAUCCUGUGUUCUAUUCUUUCUUUUGUUUCAAUAAUAUCCAAAAUCAAAUUAGGUGGUAGA